AAUACCAGCCUGGCAUCAUUGCAGUUUGCUUUAAAAUGUUACAUGGUGGGGUAUAACAUUUAUUGCUUACAUCCACAUAAAGAUAUUUUUGUAAUUCAAAUCUUGCUGCAAAGGAUUUUAGGGAUACAGACCUUACUUAAUGGCAGUAAGCGACUAGUUUUUCUCCCUAUUAGAUGCAACAAGCGUCAUGUCCUUUGUCCGUGUCCUACGUGUUGCUUGUCAUCUUUUUUUUUUAAGGGUUCCCUUAAAGAAGAAGGAAAGUCUGAGGACAGUGUAUCAAAUCAACAAUCAGAUGUGAAGCACGCCACCCCACAGCCAACAGAUCCAGGUGAUCUUCAUGGUACUACAACAGUUCCUGAGGAGGCAAGACCCAUGGGGGGCCUGUUGUCAUUGCCAAAGGAGGCUGAGAAAGAAGGAGUGAAGGGUGGUGAGACUGCUGACAAACCUGGAGCAGCAGUGAAAGGUCAUGCGGCAAAGACUCUUCCCACCUCUUCAUCCUCAUCUCCUGGCCGAGCAAAGAUGAGUAUGUCAGGGCAGGCUGGUAAACCCACACCGCCCAGCUUUACCGCCUCAUCUACCUCCUCUGCCACUCCACAGCCCAAAGUUCACCGUGCACGCAAGACCAUGAACCGACCGCCCCCAACACAGGUGAGGUGUAUAGCAUCACCCAUUGUACCUGUUGAUCCCAUCGAACCCAACACCAGCUCCACCACCACAGGUGACUCAGCAAAAAGGCGGAAAGUGGCAUCUGAAUCCGACUCCACGGUGACUCUGGCUAAGGAUGUUGAGAAAAGCACUGGGACAGAGAGAGAGAAGGUUGACAUGUCCCCGAUGAAAAAAGAGUCAGGACCAGAGCAGGAGUCUAACUGGCUGGCAGACUGGAAUGAGGAUGCGGAGGAUGAAGAGCUUCACUUGUUGUACAACAAUUACACGUCACAAGAUAGAGGCGACUCUGACAGCAAGUCUGGAGAUGGUGGCAUUGAAGUGCAGCUGAGUGAAGGAGAUGGAGAAGAGUCUGGAAACCUGACUGACCGUAGCUCAGGGUCUGCACAGAAAAAAAGAGUCGGUCCGUCUCCUUGGACAGGGCCCGGGCGGGUGAAGAAGCGUAGGGACCAGGCUGAGGUGGAACAAAUGGAGGUGGAGCUUGACGAAGAAGUACCAGCAUCCGCAGAAGGAGCAGAAACUGCUCCUGGACUCACCAGUGAAUACACAGAGGUUCCUUUGGGAUCGCUGGACAUCUCAGCAGCAGACAGCCUCACACUUUCCCCACAUCAGGAGGGCAGUGAAGGUGGUGAGACAGAGCGCCUGGAGGAACUCCCACUGUGCAGCUGCAGGAUGGAGGCCCCACGAGUGGACAGCUUGAGUGGCCGGGGAGGCCGGCUGUGCAUGGCCACUGAGAGCAUCAAUGGAGAGCUGGUGGGCUGUACCAAUAUGAUUGUAAAGGGGGAGACCAUGCGGCCGUCCAGCAGAGUGUCCCUCAUGGUCCUGUGUGAGAACCAUCGCUCCCACAUGGUCCAACACCACUGCUGCCCUGGCUGUGGGUACUUCUGCAUUACGGGCACUUUUCUGGAGUGCUGUCCUGACAUGCGCAUCGCCCACCGCUUCCAUCGCAGCUGUGUGUCUGUCCUGGGUGGUGGCCGAGACCGCGGUUUGGGAUUAGGGGGGAUGCUUUUUUGCCCACAUUGUGGAGAGGAUGCGUCUGAGGCCCAGGAGGUCACUAUACCCGCAACCUCAUCCACAGCAACUGUGGUUACGGCGUCUGCUUCCACUACCACGCCUUUUCUGCCCUCUCCGCUCUCAUCAUCCCUGUCCCUUGGUGUGGCGUCAGGAGUGCCUGGAGGAGGGAGGAGGCCUGAAGCACCAAGCAGUGCGCGAAUGCGUGGCCGUGGGGAAGUGAGACGUGCCCCUGAGCAGCAGCAGUCUGGUUCAGGGGGGAGUUCAGACAGCACUCCUCCAGGAGAAGGUGGCGUGGACAGUGUGGGGCCCUCUCUCUGCCUACCAAAUGGAAAACCUGUAUGCCCCAGUGCACUGCCUCUGGGGGUCAGUAGGGCAGCGCUGCAGAAGGCUAUACUCACUCAGGAGACUGAGAGGAGGAAGAAAUUGAGGUUCCAUCCUCGACAGCUCUACCCAGCUGCCAAGCAGGGGGAAGUGCAAAGAGUCCUGCUCAUGCUCAUGGAGGGUAUUGACCCUGCCUAUCAGUCGGACUGCCAGAACCGACGCUGCGCUCUUCAUGCUGCUGCCCAGAGAGGCCUUCUCGAGAUGUGCUACUUGCUUAUACAGGCAGGAGCUAAAGUCGACGCCCAAGACAAGGCACAAAGGACGCCUCUGCUUGAAGCCAUUGUUAACAACCAUAUAGACGUGGUGCGCUAUUUGAUCCAGAGUGGAGCCUGUGUUUACCAUUCGGAGGAUGAUGGUUCCACUGGUCUGCACCAUGCAGCCAAACUGGGCAAUCUGGAGAUUGUCAACCUCCUCCUGGGGACUGGACAGGUGGACAUCAAUGCACAGGACAGUGGGGGCUGGACUCCCAUCAUCUGGGCAGCAGAGCACAGACACAUCAAUGUCAUCAGAGCCCUGUUAAACAGAGGUGCUGAUGUGACCCUCAAAGACAAGGAGAUGAAUGUGUGUCUGCACUGGGCAUCCUUUGCGGGCAGUGUGGAGAUUGCAGAACUGCUGCUGAAUGCUGGAUGCCCCUUGUCCUCAGUCAACGUACAUGGUGACACUCCGCUCCACAUCGCUUCUCGGGAGGGCUACCUGGACUGUGUCACGCUUUUCCUUUCGCGGGGUGCAGAUAUUGACGUUAUGAACAGAGAAGGAGACACUCCCAUCUCCUUGGCACGAAGCGAUUCACCUGUCUGGGUGUCGCUCCAGAUUAACAGGAAGCUGCGGAGUGGGAUAGCCAAUCGGGUGUUGCGCACGGAAAGGAUCAUCUGCAGUGACGUAGCUCAGGGCUAUGAGAAUGUGCCCAUCCCCUGUGUGAAUGGGGUGGAUGAGGAAGACUGUCCAUCUGACUACAAAUACAUCUCUGAAAACUGUGAGACUUCAGCCAUGAACAUAGACCGCAACAUUACGCACUUACAGCACUGCAGUUGCACAGAUGACUGCUCCUCCAGCAACUGCCUUUGUGGACAGCUCAGUAUCCGCUGCUGGUACGACAAGGACCGACGGCUGCUCCAGGAAUUUAAUAAAAUUGAACCUCCGCUCAUCUUUGAGUGUAACCUAGCCUGCUCCUGCUAUCGCACCUGCAAGAAUAGAGUGGUCCAAGAAGGCAUUAAGGUGCGUCUCCAGCUGUAUCGCACUGAGAAGAUGGGAUGGGGAGUGCGUGCACUGCAGGAUAUCCCCCAGGGAAGCUUCAUCUGCGAAUAUGUAGGAGAGUUGAUUUCUGAUGCAGAGGCUGACGUGCGGGAGGAUGAUUCAUACCUUUUUGACCUGGAUAACAAAGAUGGUGAAGUGUACUGCAUUGAUGCACGUUACUAUGGCAACAUCAGCCGCUUUAUUAAUCACCUGUGCGACCCCAACAUCAUCCCAGUCCGGGUUUUUAUGCUGCAUCAGGACCUGCGGUUUCCACGCAUCGCCUUCUUCAGCUCAAGGGACAUCUUGACCGGACAGGAGCUUGGGUUUGACUAUGGGGAUCGUUUCUGGGACAUUAAGAGCAAAUACUUCACGUGCCAGUGUGGAUCGGAGAAGUGUAAGCAUUCUGCAGAGGCCAUCGCCCUCGAGCAGAGCAGGCUGGCACGCCUGGAAGCCUGUCCAGACGCAGGGCCCGAUGCUGGGCUGCCUCUCCUAGGGAACCCCUAGGAUUCUCUUGCACUUGGUGUCAUGUCCUACUCCACAUCUGUCUCCUGUUUAUUAUGUUAUUAGUGUCAUUGAUAAUGCCCACAUUGUUUGGAGCUUUGGUUAUAUGCACAAGUAGCUUUUUUUAAAAAACAUUUUUAUUCCAGAUUAAACAUUGGGGGCGAGGGGCGGGGCCUGGUGUAAGUUCAUGGACUGUGUCUAGUCUACAUAGAAGUAUCUGUUCUGAGCUCGUUAUUACUUUGGUUACUCUUUUCGUGUACACCACUGAACUUCAGAGGUCGGUGACCAAGACACACAACGCUGUGGUGGUACAUGGCACUGAACAUUUUGGGAACAUUUCAGAAUGGUGCCAUACACCCCCUUGGUACAGUAUUGUAUGACUGUUCUCUUCUACACAAUAAUUGCCUGCUCUCUGUACAGUUGCCUUUUGAACUGAAGUGAUGUUCAUAUGGUCACU